AUGAAUAACAGCACAUGCAUUAAUGAAACCCAAUGGAGUUCGAGUUCAUUCCGGUUUCUGGUGUCUACUGUCGUGUACGGAUUAGUGCUGUCCGUGGGUCUGCCACUGAAUGCGGUGUCCCUGUGGAUCCUGUUGCGCCAGCACGGUCUCCGGUCACCGUGCGCCGUGCUCAUGAUCAACCUCGCCGCAGCAGACCUGCUGCUUGCGCUCUCUCUGCCGCUGCGUGUCUACUUUUACGCAACGCUCAAGUGGCCGUUCGGAGCGAGCACAUGUACCGUUGCCAUCUUGCUGUUUCGCAUCAACAUCAGGAUGAGCUGCAUUUUCAUCACUAUAAUCAGCGUGGACCGGCUGCUCGCCCUGGUCUUCCCUUUGCGCUCUCGGUCUCUGCGCACCUCCGCGUUUGCCUGCAAGUGCUGCUCGCUCGUGUGGAUCCUCAUUACCAUCCUAUGCAUCCCGGAGGGUAUAACGUUCCACAGAGCACUGAAAUCGUGCCAUUACAUGCCGUGCUUCGAGAUGCAAAUCACCAAUGUCCCAAUGACCAUCAAGAUCGGACAGGCGACAUUUCUUUUGACGCUCCUGAUGGUCAAUAUCGUCUGCACGGUCGUGGUGAUAGUUGUGCUGAGGAGGCGUCCCGGUGGAGACGCGACAAAUGUGAACAACAAAAUGAGCGUGGUGCUUAUAUUUGUCGUUAACACGUUGUUUUUUAUUGUUUUUUUCCUGCCGUUUACCUUACAAAUCUUGGCGUUUGGCAAGAAAAAUUACGAUGAGGUUUUACGCGCGUUCGUCUGCCUGGCGAGUGUCAAUUGCUGCCUUGAUCCACUCAUCUACUAUUUCUCCCUGGACUCAUUUUGGCAGGUCAAAGGCAAAAAUCAAACGAAAGCGGUUUGUUAUUCUCUCAGCAGGUCGCAGGAAAGGUUGUGACUGAUAUCAAAAAAGUUGGGUCACUCAGUGGAGGCCACACUUCACAUUUAUGCCAUUGAAUUGGAUGACAAAAUAUCAGACCAAUGUAGUAUUUAUUUGAGAGAAAGAUAGCACAAGCACAAUAUAUUUUUCAAGCGAAACAUUUAUCUAAAACAAUAUAUAGCCUACACUGUACUGUUCAAAAUGAAGGCUAACUUAAUUGGGACACUUCUUGAUUGUCAAACUUUGGCUACUCUACUAGGACACCUGCAUGAACAGAAGAAGAAUUGAGGUCAUACUUCUACCAAAAGUCCUUGGGAAUUUUGGCUCAGAAAUGUUAAGACCUGAAAGAAGAUAUUUUGUGUUAACAGAUGUCACUUAGAUUGGUAUUUUGUCAUCAAAUGGAAUAAAAUUCAAACAUUUAUGAAUGUUAGUAUAUUAUGUGUGAAUAUACUAAGCUUACCCUGCUGUUGGACCUCCGAGUCAUGUGAUUUGUUCAUCUUUUUAAUCACAAAUUACUGCAGGGUCCUGGAAAUAUUAGGCCUGUGUUUUUCAGGCCUGGAAAAGUCAUGGAUAUAAUAAACUCAAAAUGUAUGGUAAUUUAACUGCUGUAAAACAAAAAAAGGUAUGUGUCUGCACACUGAUUUAUUGCUCCAAAUUACAUUGCUGGCUUACACUUGCUUGCAACGUUUCUACCAAGUCUUCGUCAAGCAGAACCACAUGCAAAAUGAACCACAGUCAUUUAGGCAUAUGGUCGAAAUAUUUUUUGAGCAAUAUAUCAGUGUGCAGACAGUGGACACAUGCCAUUUUUUCCCUUGUUGACUGCAUUGUGUCUUGCACUUGUGCCCAAUGCAGGUUGAAUGUUAAUUUUUCUUUAAUUUCACUGCUUUAAAAAAUGUCAUGA